GUGAAAUGUAUAUCGAUCUCUUUUUCUUCUUUCUGAUACUUUUAUAUUGCCAGCAUAAACCUAAAAAGUGGAGGGGAAAGGUAUUAAGAACACAGGCGACCUCUGUUGUGGCAACGGUCGUGCAUCUAACUAUGCAUUGCAUUGCUGUUGAAAAUGGCGUCAGGCUCGGAGCUGCCAGAAUAUUCAUCCCCAGCAAAACGACGAAAAGUUGACGGCAUCGGUUAUAGUGGUACCAGUAGCCAGAAACCUGAUUUCCAAGAUUGUGAGACAUCGCAUGAUAUCCCCAAUGAAGAUCCCGAAGGUAUUUUGACAAAAAUAUGGUCAAUUCAUUAAUGAAAUUUACAAGAUUGCAAGAUGGCGGUUAAGAAGGCGUCCGCUUUCCUUGCGUUGGUUAUCGUUCGUUCGUAGUUGAUUGAAGACAAGAGCCGCCAUGACAGUUUCUGUGUAUGUCGCAUAUCUAAGUAGCUUCGUAGUUCAUUUUUAAUUUUAUCGAGUAUGUAAUUGCGAUGUUACCAAAUUUUUAUUUUGCUCCAAUAAAAUUACUUGUUAAUUAACUGUAAUUUUUGAACUGCUUCCUAAAACACAUUCUUUAUAGAAGUGACCAUUUGUGCGAAAAUUCACAGUGAAAAUAGAAAAACUAAUCUCAGUGCAAAGGUGUACAGUACAUUCGAUGGACGUUCACAGAUGGCAUGAUUUUCAUUAUACACGAACGAUACGUGCUGUUGUAUCUGAUUUAAUGGCACCCCGCCAAUUUUGAACAUUUUCAAAAUGAUUUAUUGUGAUGAAAUUUAUCUUAAAUGUGUUUUUAUUCAUAUGAAUAUUACUUUCUAUAUUAUAAUAUCUGGUAAACCUAAAAGAUAUCUAAAAGAUUGCUUUUACAUGGUAAAAUUAAUACAGAAAAAAGAAAAAUCAAUGGAAAUAGGAAAAAAAGAAAAAAAGACAUAUGGUGGAGAUAGUGGAUUCAAUGAAUUAAGUGAUGAAUCCAAAUCAACUUCUAUUUCACCGGAUGCUACAAACUUAAUGACAACCCCAUCACGAAUUGAUUCAACUAGUGAUGACACUGGUUGCCUAAUUGAUACUGCAGAUGAGAAGGAUGAAGUAUCAUCAACAGUUUCAAAUUUGUCUGAUUUAUCAGGACUUUCUGAUUUUUCUGGUGAAGGAGAUAUCAAUCAUCAAUGGAGAAAUGCAUCUUCAUGGGUUCAGAAGCAAAUGUUGAUAGGUGCUGAUCCUCGAAAUCUUUUACAUCAUCUUCUCAUGGAUUCUACUCAGAUUCCAGAACAGGUUGAUGAUUUGACUCUUUGGAAGAUUAUAAUAAAUAUGAUGUCAGAACCACCACGUCGACAAAAAUUAAGACAUAUAAAUACUUUGACAGAUGUUGUCAGAUUGAUACGUAAUAGUAACAGAAUAAUAGUUUUAACUGGGGCAGGUGUAAGUGUUAGUUGUGGAAUUCCUGACUUCAGAAGUAGAGAUGGUAUUUAUUCUAGAUUAGCACAAGAUUUUCCAGAUUUGCCAGAUCCACAGGCUAUGUUUGACAUUAAUUAUUUUAGUCAAGAUCCAAGACCAUUUUACAAGUUUGCACGAGAAAUUUAUCCUGGACAAUUUAAACCAAGUCCUUGUCAUAGGUUUAUAAAAAUGCUUGAUAAACAGAAAAAACUUUUAAGAAAUUACUCACAAAAUAUUGAUACAUUAGAACAAGUCGCAGGCAUUGAAAAUGUGAUUGAAUGUCAUGGCUCCUUUGCUACUGCAUCGUGUACAAGAUGUAAAUAUCAAGUGAAAGCUGAUGACAUUAGAGAAGAUAUAUUUUCCCAGAGAAUACCAUUAUGUCCAAAAUGUCGAAUUAACACUUUGCCUCCCAUUUCGGAGAUUAAUCUAAACGAAAGUUAUAAAGAUUUAGUGACACAAGGUAUAAUGAAACCAGACAUUGUUUUCUUUGGCGAAGGACUUCCGGAUGCUUUUCAUGAUGCUAUGGCUAAAGAUAAAGAUGAAUGUGAUCUUUUAAUUGUAAUUGGAUCGUCAUUGAAGGUCCGGCCAGUAGCAUUAAUACCUUCUUCUAUUCCAUCUCAUGUUCCACAAAUUCUUAUUAAUCGAGAAUCAUUACCACAUUUAAAAUUUGAUGUUGAACUCUUGGGAGAUGGUGACAUUAUUAUAAAUCAAUUAUGUCAUUUAAUGGAAAACAGUUACAAAGAAGUAUGUUGGAAUGAUACAAUACUUAAGGAAACAACGCAAUUGUUAGCAUUGCGUUAUAUAACAGAUGAUACUUGGGAACAAAGUCAAGAUACAUCAUCAAAUACCAUAUUAUCACGAGACAGUGUAGAAAUUAAUUUUAAAGCACAUGAUCCUCAAUCUAUUGAAAGUCAAGACAAUCUUAUGAUUCACAAUAAUAUUGUAGAACACUAUGAAGAGAAUAUGAAUGCGCGUAUUUCACCUUUCUGUAACGAUCAUACCAAUAGCAUAGAAGAAAAAUUCAAUCUUUUAGGAGAGAGUCCAAAAAGAAGAUUAGGAGAAUCAAGCAUAGAAAGUAGCCCAAAAAGAAUGAACUUUGGCAGCAAUUGUGUAUUACAUUUCAAUACAUGUCCUUCAAAGACAGAGAUUAUUUCAGAGAGUUCAAUCGAUUAUAAAUUUCAUACAGUUUCUGUAGAAUCUACAUCGAAAGAUAUUGGGAAAAUUUACAGUUUAGAAGAGUGUCAAGUAUUUCCAAGAAUAAUAGAAAUCUCUUCGGAAAGUGCAUUAUUAGAUUCUACCUUAAAGCCGCAUCAUUGUGUAGAAAAUAGAACAUCUUUAAAAAUGAAUAAUGAUUAUUCAACAAUGAAUUCUACUGAAAUUGAAAAAACGAAUUUUAAACCAAGACAAGCUUCUAUCGAUUCUGCACUAGACUCUGGUGUAGGUGACAGUUGUAAUAGUGUUGACAGUCACGAAGACAAAAAUAGCAAAGAAGAAUUAAAAAAUGGAACAUUAAAUCAGCAUUGUUGGCAUCCUAAAAUACGAAAAAGUCUUGCUGAAAGAUUACCAGAAAAUUCUUAUUAUCAAUUGGCACCUGGAAAAUAUAUAUUUCCUGGAGCAGAAGUAUAUUCAGAUCCUGAAGAAUACGAUCAUUGUUCGCUUUCUAUAAAUUCUGAAAGUUCGGAUAGCGAUAGUGAUUCUUCAUCUAUAGAUGAAGAAGAAGAUGAUGAAGUUGAAGAGGAAGAAGAAGAGGAAGAAGAAGAGGAGCAGGAUGAAGAAAAUGAGAGGAAUGAAAAUCAAGUUGAAGAUAAUGAUGAUAAGCUGAAAGAAAAAUUAGGUAUGAAAAAAGAAGGUCAUGAAGAGGAGAUUAAUGAGAAAAACAUUAAAGAAGAUGUAAAAGGACACAGAAAAAUAGAAACAAAGAAUAAUAAGAUAGAAACAGAAAAUAAUCAACGAAAAAUAAUGGAAAGAGAAGAUGAAAGGAGAAACAUAAGUAAGUUUCAUAAUGAGAAUAUUUUAGAAAAUUAAAAAAAAAAUGUAAGUUUGUUAUUAAAUGAAAAAUGAUUAACAUAAAUAAAAGUGAUAAAUUGGUGAAAAAAAAAAGAAAAUUAAUACAGAUGCUAAUACGUAACGUGACUGAAAAUAUAAAAUGGACAACAGCAAAUUAUUCAUGCAAUGAUAUACAUGACUUAGGGUAAAUUGCAUCUGAAAAGUAACGAUUUUAAUUCUUACUUUUAUCAAACUUGCUUGUUUGAUGAAGCAAAUGAUAAAUAGUUGGAGGAAAGUGCAAUUUUUACCAUGUUUCACGUAUACAUACUGUCUUUACACGCGUAAAGAGAUGAAAAAAAAAGACUCCUAAUAUAAGUAGGAUUCAUGUUUAUCUUUUACUAAGAUUUGUUAAAGAUUUUU